AUGGAGCUCCGCAAUACACGCGCAGCAGCCGCAGCAGAUACGUCGGCCAUUGGUUGCUGGGGCCCCCCCACGUCGACGAUCGACUGGUGCGAGCUCAACUACCAGCACAGUUUCUACGUUGCCGAGUUCUGGAACACCAUUAGCAAUCUGCUCUUCGUCGUGCUCGGCCUCUACGGUCUCUACCGCAGUGUCAAGAUGCGCUUCGAGCCGCGUUUCCAUGUCCAGUUCAUUGGGGUUAUGGUCACGGGCAUGGGCUCGGCCAUGUUCCACGGCACGCUGCAGCACGUGUACCAGCAGUGCGACGAGACGCCCAUGGUCUGGUCCAUCCUGGCGUGGCUCUACAUUGUCUACAGCCCCGAGAUCGAGCAGCUCCCGAUCCGAAACGCAAAGGCCGUUGCAGUCGCGUGUCUCACGGCGCUCGGCGUGCUGUUCACCGUCGUGCAUGCCGUCUACCGCUUCACGACCGUCUUCCAGCUCUUCUUUACUGUCCUCGCUGUUGUUGCAUGCGUGCGGCUGUGCAAGUACUGCAAAGAGGUGCAAGACCCUCGUGCACGGGCUGUCGCGCGGUCCUACGUGACGUCAGCCCUCAUUGGGUCGACGUUCUGGUUCAUGGACUAUCAUUAUUGCCAUACGUUCCACGGCCUUCGCAUCAACCCGCAAGGUCAUGCUUGGUGGCAUAUCUUUAUGGGCAUUUCGUCGUACCAUGGUCCGAUCUUUAUGCAGUACGUGCGUAUGGAGCAGCUGCAGAAGAAGGCAUGGAUCGAAGACGCUUGUUUGGGUAUCCAGACCAUCACCGUUGCCGAAAACGGGUCGACGGACUUUGAGAAAUCCAAGCAGGUGUGA